AAUUCACUUGCUCAUCGGUUCAUAUUUUACAGAGCGAAACGGAGAAAAAGCAGAGCAUUUUCUUUUGAAGCUUUACUUCCGCUAAAAGAAAUCAACAUGGCUUGGAAAACAAGUGAUGCAGAAUCUUUGCAAUCCUCUGAUGAGCUGAAACGCCAGAAGAAAAUCAAAAUGGCCAUAUAUAUUAGUAUUUUCGUCGUGUUUCAGAUCAUAGUUAUCACCACAAUGAGUCUCACUGUGAUGAAAGUUAAGACCCCCAGGUUCAGGCUAGGCAACAUCAAUGUCGACAGCUUCGUAUCUGACUCGGCAGCGCCUUCAUUCGACACGAAAUUCACAACCCAAAUCAAGAUCAAGAACUCAGCCAACUGGGGUUCCUACAAGUUCAAUGCUGCCAAUAUCACGUUUCAACACCAAGGCGCGACUCUGGCAGUAAUUGAUAUCGCAAAGGGCAAGGCUGGAUGGCUUUCGACCAUAAAAAGAACUGCGGAGGUGAGUUUGAAGUCAAGUGCAAUAAAUGGUACAAACUUUGGAAGUGAAUUGAGCAGCGGGGUGUUGACGCUCAACAGCGUAGGAAGAUUGAAUGGAAAAGUUGCAAUUAUGUUCAUCAUGAAGAAGAAGAAGGCUGCCAACAUGAACUGCACUAUUGCCUUUGAUGUGGCAGCCAAGACGCUCAAAUCUUUACAAUGCAAGUGAAGAAGACAGCUAGGACACAUGUCUGUAAUUAUGUGAAUUUUGGAUUGAUGAAGACUAGUUCUUGGAUUAUUUUGCUUUAUUGAUAUUCUUUAUUUCUAUAGCUAAGAAUCACACUUGUAUUUGUUUACUGCGGCAGGCAGUGCUUCGAUUCAUAAAGCAAUUAACUAUAUUUUUAGCAAA